AUGUCAGGCCCCAUGAAGAUGGUUCCAUUCCUGAGCCAACCCGUCAUGUUACACUCAAAUCGGGAUCCGGGGAAUUGUACCAUGACACCGGAGCAAUGCGCUUACAAGUUCUCGUACUGGGUAUUUUGGUAUGAAGCAGAUCACCGCUAUGCCCUGCCAACAGUGGCUUUCUUUCUUGUUGCAAUCAUCCUAUUCACACUCGGGAGAGUGAUCUCCAAUGUGACGCCUCAGGGGCUGAAGCGGAAAUCACUCUGGUCACGGCUGGUGGCUGGCCUUCGAUUCCUCUCGUACAAGAGCUGGAGCAUUCGGGGAUGGAAGACACACUCUCUGGGGGCUUACUUGCUCGCAGGAGCAGGUGCGGUCUUUUUCCUGGCAAUGACCCUCGGGCCACGUCCUUACUACUGGCCCAACACGAAAGAGCUUAGUUUUGGAAAUUCUCCUCCUAUUGCUACCCGUGCUGGGUUCCUGGCUCUGGCAUGUUUGCCUUUCUUGAUUGUGCUAGGUGCCAAGGCAAACCCGAUCACCGCGUUGACAGGAAUCUCCCACGAAAAAUUGAACAUCUGGCAUAACUGGGUCGCCUGGGCGAUGUUUAUUCUGGCUUUGGUCCAUACUUUCCCUUUCAUUGUCUUCCAUAUCUGGAAAGGCGACUUGGUGGCAUCGUGGAGCGACGGUGGUGUCUGGGUCACUGGUGUUGUUGCCCUAAUUGCCCAGGCUUGGUUGACUUUCAUGUCCAUUCCGUGGAUCAGGAAUCGGUACUACGAAUUCUUCAAAGCAACCCAUCUUUUCAUGGCCCUCGUCUUCGUCAUCUUUUUCUUCCUCCACUGCGAUUUCCGAAUGUCCUCGUGGGACUACUUCAUCGCGACCGCAGUCAUGUAUACCCUGUGCUUCCUCUACUCACAGUGCAAGACUUAUAUCGAGCAUGGAUUCAGGCACAAGGCCAGCUUAGUCCCCGAGACUGCCGACACUCUGAAAGUGACUAUCGAUACCAAAAUGACCUGGUCUCCAGGUCAGCACAUAUUCAUUCGGUUCUUAACCUGUGGCAUGCACGCACUCACAGCUCACCCAUUCACCAUAUGCUCGGUACCUUCGAAAGACCAUAAUAACCAGCUCGUGUUCUAUGUCAAGCACCGCGGCGGCUUGACUGGACGACUCAUGAAAAUGGCCGAGAAGAGCCCCGGAGUCAAAAUUCCUGUCAUGUUGGAAGGACCUUAUGGCGGCAUUCCGGAUAAGAACAUCGAUCAAUUCGACAAGAGCCUUAUCGUUGGAGGCGGCGCUGGCGCUGGCUUCACACUUUCUCUGCUUGAGAACUUCAUCUACCUCACCAGCUUCGAGGGGUACAAAUCUGAAAUGAAAGUUGUGGUCGCAACACGCGACCCAGGAAUGCGAGCGUGGUUCAUGCAAGCGGUGGAAGACAUUGCAGCCAGGCAUUCCCGAUCGGGCAUCAUUGAUGGAUUAUCCAUCGACAUCCAUGAAACGCAUCAUGAGCAAGGCUCGGAGACGGCUCUCGACACAGUUGUACAACAUCCCAAAUCGGAGAAGGACACCCUCGAUGGCGGAGAGCGCAGUAAUAUUGAAAUGCUGGGGAUUCGUUUCUUCACUGGUCGCCCAAAUCUACCGGCGCUCACUCGGGAGUUUGCCAGCCAGAGAGACUCCUCUGUUGCUGUCGUGGUUUGUGGUCCUGCUUCUAUGAACCAUGACGUUAGUGAGGCUGCUGCUGCGGCGCAAUGCAGGAUCCUCGCCGAGGGAGAUUGUGCUCGAGAGGUCUGGCUUCACACUGAAAGCUUUUCAUACUAA